UUGACAGGAAGUAGACACGUGGUCGUGUAAACAGGUCAGUGUCUGAUGCUGUCUGAAGAAAAGCGGCAGAGAAAUUCAGUGGUAGUGUUUACAACAGCUGGGCAUUUUAAAAUAGGAUGACCCUUGUAUAUUUAGCAUUCGACACUGCAUGGGAACCCUCGCAACAUAUCCAGAAAUAUUCCUGGGAGGGAAUUGGAGAUUGACCUCAUUCUAACAAGGCGCAUCUGGUUUGCGUAUUUAUGUGGGGGUGAAGUUCACAAUCAUGGCUGUGGAGAAGCAGCAAUCACAGGGCUGUGUUUCAUAAACACGUUAGGAAGAAAUAUUUGCUUUCGUUGUUGUUUUUAUAAAAAAAAAAAAAUUGUGCCAUUACGAAUGGACAGUCUGCAAAAUGUUACAUCAUCGAGUUCAGAACAGUGAGCAAAAGCUGUUUGUUUGAGCAACACCGGGACGGCAAACGACACCGGUACUGGUGACAGAAGAAAUAAGAGGACUAUAUAGCAAAAAAGAAUUAUUUUCACUGUGCGAUAUCUACGUAUUGAAACGCAAUGCUAAGUCAAGUGGAAAUGUAAAAUAUAAGUCAAAGUGAGUGACAGGUCAGUCUCAUGUAGAAUUGUUAUGCAAAACAUGGAACUGACCAAUAAAACAACAGCAUGACGUGGUUAACAACAAGACUUGGCAAACGCAUCAGAAAAAAAGUGACACGGAUUUUGUGAGCUUCAACAAAUGAAAUACUGAGUUUUCUGUAAUAUACCCAAGUACCGUGGCUGCAUGGAGGAAAAUAAAUGUUAAGAAUAUAAUAAAUAAAUAAUGCCAAGACUAGAAGAAAUUGCAAAUGUCGCCCUGAGGGUCCCGAGCAUUCUUCUGCUGGACUUGCUGUACAAGUGUGACAUCGACAGGAUUACUGAGCAGCUUCGGGCCAAAAAUGAAGACUUGAUGUUUAAAUACAAAUAUGUUAUCUGGAACAUGUAUUACUUGGGUCAUCUCUUCAGCGCUGUCGUGCUGGUCUUGCCUCUGAGACACAUUGUGAAGCUGUAUCUUUACAUCCUCACAGCCCUGCUGCUCUACGUGGGACACCAGAUCUCCAGGGAUUAUGUGCAGGGCGAGAUUCAGCAUGGCUACGAAGGAGCAGUGUAUCUGGACUCCCUGGCUUUCAACCGCUUUGUUACUGCACUGACAAGUCAGAUCAUUCUGAGCACGCUCUGUGCCUUCUUGACGAAGAUCAGGCAGGUCUGGCUGUUCUGUGCUCACCUGCUCCCCCUGGUGGCCAGGCUCAUUGCUGUGCCUCACACCGUGCUGCUCACUGUCAACACCUUCUCCAUGGUCCUCACUGCCAUUGAGGUGGCAGCCUUCCUGCUCUCAAACCUCUUCGUGCCCUACAAGCUGGCCAGGUCUGCCUACAGGGAGGUUCUGCAGAUUGAGGUGACUGAGCUGUACCGGUUGCUGGCGGUGGGGAUUUCUCUGUGGAAUCAGUUUGCUGUUCCAGCACUCUUAAGUGUUUUCUGGUUCAUUCUCUUCAUGGUUCAGAUCUACUCCUCUGCAACCGCCAGCAAUAACUUCCUCAGCGAGCGGGAAGUGCACUAUGUUUUCCUUACCAGUGUUGUGUGCGUUCUCUCCCUCUGUAGUGUGUCUGAGUGCUGCAGUACUCCGUAUUCGUUACUGGGUCUCUCCUUCGUUGUUUCUUACCUGGCCCUGGGUUUGCUCAACCUCUGCAAGCUCUACCUGGGGGGCUACGCUGCUGUCCAGAACGAAAACUUCAUGCACAGGGGGGUGACCGAGGGGGUGACCCUGCUGUUGCUGGCUGUCCAGACUGAGCUGUUGGACAUGCAGGUCCUGCAGCGCACCUUCCUGCUCAGCAUCAUCCUGUUCAUUGUGGUGACCUCCACGCUGCAGUCCAUGGUUGAGAUCACUAACCCCGUCAUCCUGACCCUGGGAGCCUCUCGAAACAGGAGUCUGUUGAGGCAUUUCCGAGGGGUGAGCAUGUGUCUGUUCCUGUUGGUGUUCCCUGGGUUCAUGGCCUAUAAGAUCUCCGAGUUCUUCCACAUGGACUUCUGGCUCCUGAUCCUCGUCUCCAGCUGCAUUUUAACAUCACUGCAGGUGUUGGGGACCCUGCUGAUCUACACGCUGUUCAUGAUCGAGCUGGUCCGCAGACACCCCAUCGAGUGCCUGGACGAGAUCAUCUACUACGUGAACGCGGGGAGCCGGGUGCUGGAGUUCCUGGUGGCGCUGUGCGUGGUGUGCUACGGCACUUGGGAGUCCCUCUUCGGGGAGUGGAGCUGGAUGGGCGCCUCCGUCAUCAUCAUCCACUGCUACUUCAACAUGUGGCUGCGCGCCCAGUCCGGCUGGAAGAGCUUCCUGCUGCGACAGGAAGCGGCCAAGAAGAUCAGCUCUCUGCCCCGGGCCACCGCGCAGCAGCUUGAGAGGCACAACGACUUGUGUGCCAUCUGCUUCCAGGAGAUGAAUUCGGCAGUAGUGACAUACUGCGGCCAUUUCUUCCACGCCAACUGCCUUCGGAAAUGGCUGUACAUCCAGGAGACCUGCCCCAUGUGUCAUCAACAGGUGAAGCCCAGUGUGUCUCAGCAAAACAGGAGUGCAGAAGAAGGCCAAGCACCUGCAGCUCAAGAAGAGGGCAGAAGAGAAGCUUUACAGGCAAGCGAGACUGGAACUCGAGCCUCGGGCUUCAGGCCUGCUCAUGGUGCAGGUACUGGAAAUGCACCAGAUGAUUCUCAGAAUGACCAGGAGGACAACAGUUUGUCUGAAGGGAGUGAAGGAGAAAGUGAUGAAAAUACCACCUGUGAAGGGGACUCACUAGGUGGGGAAGAACAGACUUCAGUCCCUGGUCUUUGUUUAAUUGGAAAUGUUGUUGGCAACAUCGAUCCAGUCAUUCAAAAUACUACGUUGAUAGAUGCAUCUCCCCUGACUGCCGAAGAGUCAGCUAUGAAUAUUAUGAAAAGUGAUACAGAUGAAGAAAAUGAAGAAAACUUCAAAUAUACCAGUUUACAAGGUGUUGGUGAAAUUUUAACAAAUCAAAGGUCAACUGUGGAACAUGCUGGAACUUUAUCCCCAGGCUUAACGUUUCAGCCUACUGGGGGCUCAGGGGAUUUUACAGAUAAACAGAGUGUUCAAGUGGAGUUGAGUCAUAAUUAAAAAAUACGGGUUACCGAUGAAUCUCACUCUGUGUCCCAUUUGCUUGGAUCUAAUGAAGAACGCUUUGUCAGGGACUAUCCCAGGGAAACGGCAGAUAGCGGUUUGCUGCGUGGAACAUUGGGUAACGGUUUGAGUCCUCUUCUAAGCCACUCGGGUACACUAUUAAAUACGGGGACUGCUGAAGAUACUGUGCUGGCUGGGGGAGGAGAGGAUCAGGAGCACUGCGCCGCAACAGUAGGAGUCUUUACCGAAGAUGGUGCUGACUUAGAAAAGACAAGGAAAUCAUUCUUCCUAGCACAGACUGCUGAUUUAUUCAUGCCUUCUGUCAGACACAAAGAUAAAUACAAAUAUGUUGCCUUUAUUUUCCCUGAGCUGAAUAAAUCCUGAAAAGAAUUGAAAUUCUGAUGUUUAACAAAGAACAGGUAGAUGAUGACGCAGGUCUGCAGAUACAGCCAAACGUUUUGGCGUCACCCUGUAGAAUUAGACAAUUUUGUUUCAUAAAGUCGAAUGAAACCUGCUGAAUGAUAUGUUAACAUAUUGAAUUACAUACCGCUUUGUAGCUUUCCAUAUACUUAAGGAAAAACUGCCAAAAAUUGAAAAAUGUGACAUUUCAAAAUCUAACAUGAACUACUGUACUAUUAUGGCUUCCAGUAUACUGUUGCAAUAUCAUUUUGUAGUUCCUUUGAUUACAUGAUGUUCUAUAAAAUAUCUAAAUUAUGUUCAUAUUGCUUUUUUUUUGUUAAUUGUCUCAAUCCUAAAAUUUCUAGGUGUUGUAAAACUGUUGUCCAGCGCUAUAGGGGUGAUUUAAAGAUGGAAGAACCAAUUGGAUCCUGUAGUGUGUUAAACAGAACAAAAGUAUGGGCUUGUACGUUAUCUGUAGACAACGGUCUGGCAGUACAGAGUACAGAUACAUGGGGAAAUAGCGCAAAAAGACAUCCAUUUCACUGCCAUGACUUAUCCAGUUGUAUAAGUCAUGGCAGUGAAAUGGAUGCAUGUAGGGAUAUCUACUGUGUGCCGUUGAUCUAAGCCACAGGCCCUAUCUGUUUCACAGGUGCAGUGCAGUUUCCUGUUAAUCUGAGCAGCUUCCAUACUUUUGUUCAUACCUGUCUGUCUUUUAAAAGAGAAAAUGAUCUGUGAAAGUACACCCAGGGGUUAUCUAAACAUGUAGACACAGAGUGAAAAACUAAAAACAGAAGGCAAAUACGCAGGAGGAGUAACCAAAAAACAGACUGCAAAUACGCAGGAGGAGUAACCAAAAAACAGACUGCAAAUACGCAGGAGGAGUAACCAAAAAACAGACUGCAAAUACGCAGGAGGAGUAACUAAAAAACAGACUGCAAAUACGCAGGAGGAGUAACCAAAAAACAGACUGCAAAUACGCAGGAGGAGUAACCAAAAAACAGACUGCAAAUACGCAGGAGGAGUAACCAAAAAACAGACUGCAAAUACGCAGGAGGAGUAACCAAAAAACAGACUGCAAAUACGCAGGAGGAGUAACCAAAAAACAGACUGCAAAUACGCAGGAGGAGUAACUAAAAAACAGACUGCAAAUACGCAGGAGGAGUAACCAAAAAACAGACUGCAAAUACGCAGGAGGAGUAACUAAAAAACAGACUGCAAAUACGCAGGAGGAGUAACCAAAAAACAGACUGCAAAUACGCAGGAGGAGUAACCAAAAAACAGACUGCAAAUACGCAGGAGGAGUAACCAAAAAACAGACUGCAAAUACGCAGGAGGAGUAACCAAAAAACAGACUGCAAAUACACAGGAGGAGUAACCAAAAAACAGACUGCAAAUACGCAGGAGGAGUAACCAAAAAACAGACUGCAAAUACGCAGGAGGAGUAACCAAAAAACAGACUGCAAAUACGCAGGAGGAGUAACCAAAAAACAGACUGCAAAUACGCAGGAGGAGUAACCAAAAAACAGACUGCAAAUACGCAGGAGGAGUAACCAAAAAACAGACUGCAAAUACGCAGGAGGAGUAACCAAAAAACAGACUGCAAAUACGCAGGAGGAGUAACCAAGCUCAACAAAUAAAAACAUGUAAAAAAGAAAAUGGGAACUAAUCACUUGUGACUAAUACUGAGCAUAUGGGAUACAGUACAUUAAGUUGUUCUUCCAUACAGUCUGACUAUUUUAGUUUCUAAGUUUCAUUUUGGUACAAACCACAUUUAUCACAGUUUUCAGGGUGGAAUAGACUAUUCUUCAGGGGGUGUUUUGUUGAGAAACCAACUGUAAAGAAGUCACAGUGUAUUAACUAUCCAUUAAGAAAUAUACAAACAUUUAGCAGCGUGUUGGGAAUGUAGUUAUAAACCUAAUUAAAGUUCCCUUUAAAUGAGUGUUAACGUAUUUCUAGGAAAUAAAGGUUUAUGUUGAAGUGCAAGCUUAAACUUACAUGUU